AUGGAUAUAGAAAGUAAAAAAGAAAGUGAUAAAAAUUGUAAACAUUUUUUUGUGUGUAAUAAAUUAAUAAGCCAAUCCCUAUAUAUUUGUCAAUUUUGCAAAAUAAAAUUUUUAUUAAAUCCAAAAACAAAUCAUGAAAAAGAAUUACAUACAAAUGAUAUGCAACAAUUAAAAUGGAUGACAAAUAGUAAGAAAAACAUUUUUUACACAAAUUUUAAAACACAUUUGGACUAUCAAAAAUGGAAAAAUGGAAACCAAAAUAAAAAAAAUAAUUUCCUCAUAAUGAAAAGAAGCCAAUACAAAACGAGCCACACUAUUAAUAUAUGUAAAAAAUAUUUUACAAAAAAAAAAAACAACUUCCUUUACAAAUCUAACUCUACUAAUAUAAAACCUGAUAGCAGUCAACUUGUUAAUUUAAAAAAGAAUAGACAAACUCACCAAAUAAAUAACAAGACAAAUAUACCACUACCUAAUCAUAUUCAAAAGAGGGAGAACAAACAUUUUAUAAUCACAAACAUAGAUCAAAGUAAUAAUAUAAAUUGUAAGGAAAACUAUAACAACCCUCCUAACCAUAUCAUAAAAAGUAACACAUUCAAAUGUAGUAUAAAUAAAACAUACAAUAAUGUAAAACAUUUUAAUACAUCAUUCAAAUAUAUAGAAAACAAAAAUAAUUGCCUAACAAAUUUAUAUAAUUACAAAAUAUGUAAAAAAAACAACUGUGUGUGUUAUAAUAAUUUGGAUUAUUCAAACAAUUUUAAAAAUCAAUUAAUUAAUAAUUUUUAUAGACAGGUGGGAUGUCAAGGAAUAAAUAACUACAGCAAUCUUUGUAAAAUAAAAAAUGGUGAAAAAAUAAAUAGUAAUAUAAAACCACUAUUUAAUGAUAACACAUAUUUAAACAUAAUAAAUAAAACAAACAUAUUCAUAAAGAAAGGAAAUAGACAUGAUGAGCCCAUUAAAAAAAAGAAAAAAAAAAAUCCAUUCUAUUCUCCAAUCUGUUGUAGGAACUACAGUUUAAAUUGUAAUAGCUUUUUUAAUAUUAACACAGAUAAAAUAAUUUCAAACAAAGUAAACAUGAAGAGUAGUGAAAAUUGCCUACUUAGUGAAUGCAUGAAAUAUAGUAAAGACAAAAUAUAUUAUAUAGAUUUGCUAGUUAGGGGAGAAAAGGAAGCCAAAAAAAUUAUUGGCACAGCUUAUAAACAUAAAGAGAAUAUUAAAAAAUAUAUGUAUAAAAAUAUCCAAGAUGAGAUUGAAAAAAUAAAAAAAAAAGAAAUUUUAAUUUAUGAAGAAAGUUUAAAAAAAAUGGAAAAAGAAAUAAAAAUUUAUAAAAAUAAAAUAGAAAAAAAUUUACAAAAUUAUACUUUAAAAAUAAAUAAUAUAUAUAAAAAUAUUGAUAGCAUAUCAAAAUAUUUAAUAGAUAAAAUUAUUAAAGUUGAUUUAACAUUUAAUUUGGAUUUAUUAAAGUUUUAUUUACCCAUUAAAAACAUUGAGCAAUAUAUAUUUACCAACACCCAAGAAGUCUAG